AUGGAGUUCUUGGUAAGCAAUGAUCGCGUGGAUCGACGUGGUAGGGUUGCUGAUAAACGAACAACGGGAGGAUGGAAGGCUGCUCCUUAUAUCAUAAUGAACGAGGUGAUAGAGAGGUUGGCAUUCUUUUCCAUAGCGGUGAACAUGACUCGUUACUUGGUCGUGGAAAUGCACCAAACGAUUCCGGAUUCUGUUACUCAUGUCACGGACUGGAUUGGAGCUGCCUAUGUACUCACUCUUCUCGGAGCCUUUCUAGCCGAUGCUUAUUUGGGUCGCUUCAAAACCAUUAUUGUUUUCUCUUCCAUCUAUGCCGUGGGAAUGGUUAUGCUGACAAUCUCAGCCUCAGUCAACACAUUACGCCCACAAAAAGGCCAAAAAGCAAGCCAAUACCAAAUGUCAUUCUUAUACGUCGCACUUGGCCUGGUUGCUUUAGGUACGGGAGGAAUCAAACCAUGUGUAUCAUCUUUCGGAGCUGAUCAAUUCGACGAAGGAGAUGAAAAAGAAGUUGUGAUGAAAUAUUCAUUUUUCAAUUGGUUUUACUUCGCCAUCAACAUGGGUGCACUUCUUGCGAUUACAGUAUUGGUUUAUAUACAAGACAGAGUAGGAUGGGGUUGGGGUUUCGGAAUACCAACCUUUACUACAGUUUUGUCUAUAGUUGUUCUAGCUAUCGGUAUUAAGUAUUAUCGUUUUCAAAAACCAAUGGGAAGCCCUUUUACUAGAUUUCUUCAGGUUAUUGUAGCUUCUGUAAAGAAUCAUCAAAGAGGAGUAGUAGUAGAAGAUGAAACUCAUCUCUAUGAGGUCGAGACCACUCAUUCCGAUAUUGUUGGCGCUCGCAAGCUUCCAAGAACUCUACAAUACAAGUUUUUUGACAAAGCCGCAAUUGUAACAGAAAAAGAUACAAUUAAAGACCGAUGGAGUGUAUGCACAGUGACACAGGUCGAAGAAUUCAAAUCAUUUGUUAAAAUCCUUCCGGUGUGGGCAUUUACAAUUGCACUUGCAAUUUCUUUUGCUCAAAUGUCAACCUUUUUCACAAGUCAAGCCAACAUCAUGAACCGAAAACUAGGUAACUUUGAAAUUCCAACAGGUUCUAUUCCUGUUUUUGGUGCCAUCAACGGCCUCAUACUAGUUCCAUUCUACGAGCGAUGCAUAAUCCCAUUUCUCAAAAGAUUCACCGGCCACCACCGGGGAAUCACAUCGUUACAAAGAAUGGGAGUUGGCCUUUUCAUCUCAAUCAUCGCUAUGGCUUCAGCUGCAUUAAUUGAAAACAUACGACGCGAACAUUACCCGCGACUACAUAGCAUGAGUGUCUUUUGGUUGGUACCUCAGUUUUUUCUAAUGGGUGCUGCAGAGGUUUUUACCUAUGUAGGACAGUUAGAGUUUUUCUACGAUGAAGCAACGGACGGAACAAAGAGUAUUAGUAGUGCGAUGUUUUUGUGUACUAUUGGGAUUGGAAGUUGGUUGAGUACUGCUAUAGUUAAGAUUGUUAUAGCUACAUCUGGAGGAGAAGAGAAAGGUUGGUUGAGGAAUGAUCUUAAUAAAAGUAAGUUGGAUGGGUUCUAUUGGAUACUAGCAGUUAUCAAUGCUAUCAAUUUGUUGGUUUAUUUGAUCGUCUCGAUUCGUUACAAAGGGAAGGAAUCUGCUAUUGUGAGAAAUGAGAUCAUGGUUGAACUCGGCAAAGAUCAACACAUGCAACCAUGA